CGGCCCGGCCCGGCCCUGUCCGCCCCUACUUAAGGCGGCGGCGGGCGCGGGGCGGCUCGAGGAGAUGGCGGCUCCGCGCCGGCCGAGCGGCGGGGGGUUGCGGCGGGCCCCGCAGGACGGGCGGCUGGAGGAGAUCAACAAGGAAUUUCUCUGUGACCCAAAAUUCAGUGAUGAAGAAGAUCUGGAGGAGAAGUUGGCAGUGUUCAAAGAGAAGUACAUGGAGUUUGACCUGAACAACCAAGGCGAGAUUGAUUUGAUGUCUGUCAAAAGGAUGAUGGAGAAAAUGGGGGCCCCGAAGACCCACCUAGAAUUGAAGAAGAUGAUCUCUGAGGUGACUGGAGGGGUUAGCGAGACCAUCUCGUACCAGGACUUCGUCAACAUGAUGCUUGGCAAACGCUCUGCUGUGCUUAAACUGGUCAUGAUGUUUGAAGGAAAAGCCAAUGAAAGCAACCCAAAGCCUUCUGGUCCACCUCCAGAGAGAGACAUAGCCAGCCUCCCUUGAAGAAGACAGGCUGAAAAAUUGGCACUGUUUGCUUUGUUGGUCUGUAACAGAGGUUACCUAUGCUUUGUUACUCUUCACUGUGGACAGUCCUAGUUUUCAACUAACCUGCCUUAGAGGAACAGCAAGGGAAGCUGGAGCUGCCCAGCUUGUGUCUUUCUGCUGCAUCCCUUAGCCAACUUGAUUUGUUAGACAGAAGCUGUAGCACCAGGUGUAAUGUGAGACCAAAAAAAACCCAAAACACCUGUGAUCUUACUCUUUCCUCUGCCCUUCCUGCAUUUCUCAGAUGAGAAGCUAUUUUCCUCCCAAUGUAUGGAUUCAGAGCUGUGCUUGUGACAACAGGUUCCUAAAGGGCCUUGCUGCUAGACAUUGGCGCUUCUCUGGCAAAACCCCCCAACAGCAGCUUCAUGGGUGCAAAGAAAUAAGUGCCUUCUCUGCUCCGUCCUACGCUUCCUGACUCUGGACUAGUUCUUCCCCUCCUGACCUCACCAAAAUACACGUCAGGCUCCCACCUCUGUGGCAGAGUUGUGUGCUGGGUGUACGUGGGAAGGUGUGUGGACGCAGAGGUCUGCCUGCAGGGCCCUUACGCCUGGAGGUGGGCACGGCUGACUGCAGGGACAGCUUCUGUCUGCUCCCUGGGUUCAUCCCACAGUCAGAUCUUGGUGCAACACCAGCCACUGCAAGUGAGGAUGAUUAAAGCUACCUUAGGGACCCCCUUCCUGGUAAAUCUCUACUUGGAUCUGAUAAGGAGCAGAACCUUGAAUGGGUGGUUGUCUGUCGUGCCCAUCGAGUGUGGAAACAAGCCUGCUGUUAUGCUGCGCAGCCCCUUGGGAAGGCCUAGGGGAAACGGAACCUUCAGGUGAAAGGAAGCCGAGUGACCAAACUGUGAGCCCUGCCAGGCCAGUGGUGGGUGAGGAUCUGUCCUCACGCAGCUGCUUAAUCCCUCAGAUUUUGCAGCCCUCCCUGCACGUGUUUCAACUUGGUCCCGUGGGCUCUCAGGAACGUUUCCCUAGUGGAUAAGCCCUCAAGUCUGCAAAAUAAGAAUGGCUGUGAGUUUGGAGUAUGAGCUGGGACCCAGAUGUAGCUGGGACUGUGCUAUCCACACUCUGGUUACUAUGGUGAUUCCUGCUCCAUACACAACUUCUGGAAUCCAGAUGUUUGCUCUUUGCCCUUUCCCUACUCUUUUCUUGGCAGCUUUUAACUUUUUUUAAAAUCAUGGUUUAAUAAAUUUUUAACGGAAGUACAGGUGAUUAACUCUACUAGGCUGAUUGUUCCUGCCAAAGGCUGCACUUUUAAAUAAUAAAAACAACAUUCUCACUACUGUUUGCAUGAAAACCAAAACUGUAAUGGAGAGAAAAAAUUAUGAGUGAAAGCAGCACCAGUCUACUGAAAAUAAAUCUUUGGAAGCUA